ACCGAGGCAUUGAUUGUGAGGAAAAAAAUAAUUUGAUCGGACGGUAGCUAAAGAAAUAGCCAGUUAACUAAGCACAUUUUACGUAGCUACGCAUUUAAGAGUAAUCUGGACGAUCUAGGGGGCUAGCACGCCGCAUCCAGAGAGCUGUUAUCUCUUCUCUUUUUCAUGUGAUCUCGCUUUUAUGUUCUGCUACACAUUGCUCAUCUGAAGAGGGAUCUCCGAGUGGAAGUGGGCUGUUUGGAUGUACAUGGCACACUGAGUGACCGCAUGAUGACCGCAGAGCCGGAUGCGUUGGCUGUGGUUAACCAGCUGCGGGACCUGGCCGCCGACCCGCUCAACCGGCGAGCAAUAGUGGAGGACCAGGGCUGUCUGCCCGGACUCAUUCUGUUCCUGGACCACCCCAACCCCCAGGUGGUCUACUCCGCACUGCUGGCGGUGCGUUACCUGGCAGAAUGCCGUGCCAACAGGGAGAAGAUGAGAGGAGAGCUGGGGAUGAUGCUGAGUCUGCAGAACGUCAUGCAGAAGACGACGACCCCCGGCGAGACGAAGCUGCUGGCCUCGGAGAUCUACGAGCUCCUGCAGGCGUCCAGCGGCGGGGGGGACGAGCAGGCCGAGGGCGCCACCUCCUGCAGGCGCAAGGCGCAGUUCUUCCUGGGCUCCACCAACAAGCGUGCCAAAACUGUGGUGCUCCACAUCGACGGCCUCGACGACUCGAGUCGGCGGAGUCUGUGUGAGGAGGCACUGCUGAAGAUCAAGGGCGUGAUCAGCUUCACCUUCCAGAUGGCCGUGAAGCGCUGCAUCGUGCGGAUCCGCUCGGACCUCAAAGCCGAGGCUCUGGGGUCGGCCAUCGCCUCCACCAAAGUCAUGAAAGCUCAGCAGGUGGUCAAGAGCGAGAAUGGAGAGGAGGUGCUGAUCCCGUUCCAGGAGGACGGUCCGGUGGAGAUGGAGCAGAACACGGACUUGCCGGACUACCUGCCGGAGGAGGAGAGCCCGUCUCAGGAGCCGGACAAGGCGGUGUCGCGCGUGGGCUCCUCCCAGGACGGCGCGGGCUGGCUCAGCACCGCCGCAAACUUUCUGUCCCGCUCCUUCUACUGGUGACCCGCCGGGGCUGCCGGGCCACCGGGCGACACACUCCCCCCGCCCCCCCGCCCCCCCCACUGUACUGCGUCAGGCUGCCUGUCUGUGGGGUGCAGGACUGCCGAGAGCAACCGCAAUAAACGACCAAAAGAGCUAGAACAACCGCAACGGGCAGCGUGCACCUGUAUCAUACACACACACACGUGUACACAAACACACGUCCGUACACGCGUGCAUGCACACACACAAACACACAUCUGUGCACGCAGGCAUGCAACCUCGCACACACUUGUCCUUGCAUAUGCACGCAAACAUGCGUGCACACCUCCACAUACAUGCACACAUGCAUGCAUGCAGACAUUUCCUUACAUACACAAACUCUCUCAAACA